GAAUUGGCAUAUCCCAAAUUCCCAAUUCCCAGAUAACGGGGAGACCAUCGUCCUCUGAACAAAAUAGCACCCGAGUCCUCUGAACAAAAUAGCACUCGGAAAAAAUCCAAUAAUUUUCGUCUGGUCCAAACUCAAGACGGACACCGAGCUCCAGAGAUUACUGCAGGGGAAUAAUUCAUCCUCAAAGCCUCAUGCUCUUAUCCCGUUGUAAUUUGGGACAAUAAGCAAAUGGGUAGUAGAUGGUUUGAUGGUGAAAUGGGGGUCCAUCAUCCUAACCAACAGCAUGGUGAGGAUGAUAAUGAUUCUAUUCUCGAGGACCUCAUAGAAGACUUUCGUCUACCAAUUGGGCACAGACCAACUGAAAAUUUGGAUCUAGAAAAUGUUGAGCAAGCAUCAUUAGAUAAACAAUUGACAUCAACCAAUGUCGGGUUCAGGCUUCUCCAGAAAAUGGGGUGGAAAGGAAAGGGACUUGGAAAAGAUGAGCAAGGUAUCAUUGAGCCAAUAAAGUCUGGAAUACGAGAUGCAAAAUUAGGAAUUGGAAAGCAAGAGGAAGAUGACUACUUUACAUCAGAAGAAAACAUACAGAGAAGAAAGCUUGAAAUAGAGCUUGAGGUGACAGAAGAACUUGCAAAGAAACGGGAGAAGGCAGCAUAUAGCAUAUAUGUGCGUGUCUUUUGACGGGGAUGGUAUAUCAAAUACCGAACACCAAGUUCUGGAAGGGUCUUGAGAAUUUCGUGCAGUUUUUAUUACCCUGGUGGCUUCUACUGCCUUGCUUCCUGCACAUUAUGAAAAUCCAGGUUUUAGCUGAGCGGGAGCAGAAAAUUCAAACCGAGGUGAAGGAAAUACGCAAGGUUUUCUUUUGUGACCUUUGCAACAAGCAAUAUAAAUUGGCAAUGGAAUUUGAAGCUCACCUUAGCUCAUACGACCACAACCAUAGAAAGCGCUUCAAAGAUAUGAGAGAAAUGCAUGGAAGUAGCAGUCGUGAUGAUAGACAAAAACGAGAGCAACAACGCCAAGAGAAAGAGAUGGCAAAAUUUGCUCAAAUGGCUGGUGCGAAUAAGAAGCUGCAGCAGGAGCAAGAAGAGACCAUUCAGGCCUCCCAUGCGGCGAGAACAGCAACUGUCCUUGCUGAGCAAGAUCAAAGGAAGGCAUUGAAGUUUGGGUUUUCAGCAAAGGGCAGCCAUUCUAAGAAGAACGUGGUCGGCAACAUGGCAAAGAAACCGAAAGUAUCCAUUGCAUCAGCCUUUGGCAAUGAAAGUGACGAAGAAUAGGAGGGCGAGGGGAUGUUUAUGCUUCAAGAUUAUUUUUAGCAGAAGGCCCAGACUGACUUUCUCAUCUGUGGCAUCUACUGUGUACAAUUACACAAACUCUCUUUCAGCUGUGUUUAGUUAAUUGUGUUAACCAAUUCAGUUUACUGUGUACAAUGUACUACCAAUUCUCUCUUUCAAAAUGAUACACCAUCACACUGAAUUAUUUUUUACCUUAAUUAUUGCUCUAAAAUCUUUGUGUAGCCUCAAUUAAUGCCUUUAUAUGUGC